CAGGUCUCUCAUAGGCUGACACUGAAGCGGGAUGUUAGAACGCCCGAACUGCUUCUUUAUAGUCAAUAAAGACAGCAUGUCUACGACGGAUCUGUCUGGUGUGCUCGACAUCUUGCGGUCACUUUAUCGGCACAUACAGACUCUGGAGGAGUUUGCGGACAGCGUCGUAUUCAGAGAAGGACAGAGAGCCGUGCUCAUCGAGCAGUCAGACACAAACCGCUUCAAAUCAUUCGUUCGAGGAGUUUUUGUCUGCUUUGACAAGGAGCUACAGCAAGUGCCGAGCUGUAACCACAUCUGCACCCUGCCUGAGCUCCUGGCGUUCAUUCUCAACAGCUUGAAGCGGAAGAGAAAGAGAAACGUCCUGGCACAUGGCUAUAAUUUUCUGUCCUUGGCACAGGAGGAGCGGGAUGCAGACCACUUCAAGUUCCAAGGAGAAAUAACUCAAAGUGCUGCCUACGUCCAUGGCAGCGACUUGUGGAAAAAGGUCACAUUACGGCUUGGCACAGACAUCACGCGUUACCUGUUGGAAAGCUGCUCUGUGUUUGUGGCUGUCCCACCGUCAUGUGUUUUUCAGGUGUGUGGUGCUCCCUUGUAUGACAGGGUUUCCAUGACUACUGCCUCCACUGGGUUUUGUCUCCAGCCUCGUUCCAGGACGCUGAACAGUGAUGGAAAGUUUGGAAGACAUCAACGAUUAAAAAGGACACACAGAGUUGAGCAGUCCCCUCUCAGAAAGAAAAGGAAGAGAAAAGAUAAAAUAACAAUAAGGGGGAAAAGAAAGAGAGAACCUGAUAAGAAUGAAGAGGAGGUCAGGACUUGUUCAAGAAAAAAGAGACGGGUAGGACAGCAAGAUCCCACGAGGGACGUUCAAGUAGUUUGUUGUGAACCAGUGGAGGAAGAACAGCAUUUACCCGUGGAACCGACAUUUUCUAUAAAACCUGUGGAACAUGUUGGGAGUGAUUCUAAACAGUCAGUUGAAAUGCAAACUGCCAUGCCUGCUUUGGAGGGAGGACCUAGUUGGAGGUCAGGUGUUUUCCCUCCUUUACCUCCUGCACAGUGUUUUAUCCGUACCCUGGGACUUCUCUAUGGAGGAAGGGGAAUGCGCGGUUUCCUUCUCAACAGGAAGAGAAAGAGUACUGAUGGGUCCAAAAGGCUACAAGGGCGAGAUCUGGUGCGACUAGUCUUCUUUGAAGGGUUGGCCUUUCUGAAUGGACUAGAGAGGAAGCCAAAAAGACUCCCCCGACGCUUUUUUAACAUGGUCCCACUGUUCAGUCAGCUGUUACAGAGACACAGGGGAUGUCCUUACAACACAAUACUACAGAGAAUGUGUCCAGUAUUGGAGGAGAGAAAUCCAGCACAGGAAGAAUUGAGCCCUCUCUUGUCUCAACACUGUUCGCCCCACCGGGUGUACCUCUUUGUCAGGGAGUGCCUCUUGGCCGUGAUCCCUCAGGAGCUGUGGGGCUCAGACUGUAACCGACUACAUUUCUUUGUCAGGGUCAGGGGCUUCUUGCGCAGUGGGAAGUUUGAGAGGCUCUCAUUGGCUGAGCUGAUGUGGAAGGUGAAAGUGAAUGACUGUGAGUGGUUGAAGAUCAGUAAGACAGGCCCGUGUCCUCCCAGUGAACGCUCGUACCGGACACAGAUCUUGGGUCAGUUUCUAGCCUGGCUGCUGGAUGGCUAUGUUGUCAGUCUUGUCAGAGCUUGUUUCUAUGUCACUGAGAGUGUGGGCCAGAAGAACGCUCUUAGAUUCUACAGGCAGGAAGUCUGGGCCAAACUACAAGAGCUGGCCUUCAGAAGUCACAUCUCUAAGGGUCAAAUGGUUGAACUGACUCCAGGUGAGAUAUCAUCCCUUUCCAAAGCCACAGUCAUCUCCCGCCUUCGCUUCAUUCCCAAAACAGACGGCAUGAGGCCUAUCACACGAGUUAUAGGAGGGGAUAGCAAAACAAGGGUCCACCUUGGGCGUGUGCGGGAUUUGUUGGAUAUUCUUAGGGCCUGUGUGCGUUCGAAUCCAUCUCUCCUGGGCUCCACAGUGUGGGGGAUGACCGAUAUCCACAGGGUGCUGUACUCUCUGGCUCCAGCCCAGAAGGAGAAGCCUCAAACCCUCUACUUUGUUAAGGUGGAUGUCAGUGGAGCCUAUGAGAGUCUACCUCAUGACAGACUCAUUGAGGUCAUCCGUCAGGCCCUGUCACCUGUCCAGGAUGAACUUUUGACCAUCCGCCGCUAUGCCAAGAUUUGGUCUGAUUCACAUGAGGGCCUAAAAAAGUCUUUUGUUAGACAGGCUGAUUUCCUGGACGACAACAUGCGAUCAACCAACAUGAAAGGGUUUGUGACAUCACUACAGAAAAAGGGCAAGGUUCAUCACGCCAUACUGGUAGAGCAGCAUUUCAGCUCAGAUCUUCAUGGCAAACAGGCACUGCAGUUCUUCACCCAAAUGCUGACGGACAGUGUUGUCCAGUUUGGGAAAAAAACAUAUCGUCAGUGCAGAGGAAUUCCUCAGGGAUCUGUUGUCUCUAGUCUGCUCUGCUGUCUUUGCUAUGGACACAUGGAAAAUAUUCUGUUCAAAGACAUCAGUAAAAACAGAGGGUGUUUGAUGAGACUGGUGGAUGACUUCCUCUUGAUCACCCCAGAGCUGCAUGAAGCACAGAGCUUUCUAAAGAUCUUGCUUGCUGGGGUACCACAGUAUGGCCUGGUGGUAAACCCACAGAAGGUGGUGGUCAACUUUGAAGUGUCCGGUGUGGGUUCGUGUCCUGGCAUUCGUGUGCUGCCCCUUCACUGCCUUUUCCCCUGGUGUGGGCUGCUGCUGCACACGCACUCACUUGACGUCCACAAAGACUAUUCCAGCUAUGCAGGCCUGUCUCUGCGCUACAGUCUUACUUUGGGCUCUUUCCACUCAGCUGGGCAGCAAAUGAGGAGGAAACUGAUGGCUAUCCUAAGGCUCAAAUGCCAUGCCCUGUUCUUGGACCUGAAGACCAAUUCUGUUGAAGCGGUCUACAAAAACAUUUACAAGCUGGUUCUGCUUCAUGCAUGCAGCUUUUUCUUCAGGUUCCAUGUGUGUGCCCAGAGCUUGCUCUUUGGCCAGACAGCUGCGAAGAAUCCCGCCUAUUUCCUCCGGAUGAUAUGGGACAUGGCCGAGUACGCCAAUCAGCUCAUCAGGCUCAGCAACAAAGGGUUGAUUUUAGGCAGUAAGGCUCAGACAGGCAUUUUGCAGUAUGAAGCAGUAGAGCUCAUUUUCUGUUUAUCCUUCUUGCUGGUGCUGUCACAGCACCGUCCUCUCUAUAAGGAUCUGCUUCCACAUCUGCACAAACGGAAGCGCAGUCUGGAACGACGUCUGGGAGAUCUUAGGUUGGCCAGGGUGCAACAGGCCACUAACCCAAGGACGCCACUCGACUUCUUGGCUAUCCAGAUGUAGACUUCUUGUACACAAGGUCCAUUUGCAGGCUUAAGCGACUGAGGAAACCUUCAGGCUCUGAGGGGUACUGUGUGUAUGUUUAUAUGGGGACUUUUCAGUUUGUCUCCGUGAUGAGACUUUUCUUUGCUCAUCUCCACCUAGAGAGUCACCUUUUUUGUGCGUGUUAGAAAAGCUGCGUGGAGAGCGGAGCCAUAAACCGUAGCAAUAAACGCUCCAUAUAAAACAACA